UGACCUUAGGAGGGUCUAGGCUCGUGUUAGGCUGCCUACAUUGCUGGACGACCUUCAAGGGCCCUAUAUAUGCGUCUGCCUUCCGUAAGCCAGUAUAGUUUGCACUCAGAAGGCUUAGCAGCAGUUCUAGUGAGAUCUACCAACACUGCCAUUAAAAUGAAAUACCUCCUGGUCUUCCUCGUCGUCUGCGUGGCGUUGGCUGCCGCUGCACCUCAAUUCUUCGCCUGGCCAGGAUAUGCUGGCUUUGCUCCCGCUAGCAGGACCUUGGUGGCUGGCCCUACUGUCGUGAACGGCGCUGGUGCUCGCUUCGUCGCCCCUGGUUACGUCGGCCCAGCAUUCUUCUAGGAGGUUCCACUUUCAACUGCUGAUGCUCUUCGCACUUUGUCCAUUGGCUUUAAUUCUUAAUACUCAUCUUGUAAAUAAUCAUUUGUAAUGAAUACACUGCAAGUUAUAUGUUUAUAAUUA